GACAAGUUAUUGUUUGACAACAUCAGAUGAUUUGCAGUUUAUUGUUAUACGCGUUCGAUUGUUUAAACAAAAAAUAUCAAAAUGUUUCAGUUCGGGUUCAACAUGUUUCACGAAAUUACGAGGCCUUUUAACAUGACCUAUCGUUGCUACUCCGUUUCAAUGUUACCUGGAAAUGAACGACAAGAUGUUGAAAGAGGAGGGAAAAUAAUAAUGCCACCAUCAGCAUUGGAACUACUAACAAGGCUAAACAUUGAAUAUCCAAUGAUUUUUAAGUUAACAAAUAAGAAAACAAAGAGAGUAACACACUGCGGAGUGCUUGAGUUUGUUGCAGAUGAGGGAAAUGUGUACCUACCACACUGGAUGAUGGCAAAUCUAGUAUUAGAAGAAGGAACUUUACUGCAGAUUGAAAGUGUUUCCUUACCAGUUGCUACAUUUUCUAAAUUCCAACCACUGUCUGAAGAUUUUCUUGAUAUCACUAAUCCAAAAGCAGUGUUGGAGAAUUGUUUAAGAAACUUCUCAUGCCUAACCACAGGAGAUGUUAUAGCAAUCAAAUAUAACUCAAAGGUGUAUGAGUUAUGUGUGCUCGAGACUAAACCAGGAAAUGCUGUUAUUAUUAUUGAAUGUGAUAUGAAUGUCGAAUUUGCACCACCAGUUGGUUAUAAAGAAGAAGACCACAUAUUAAGACGUGAUUCUAGUGGAGAUGUAGGGGAGAUGGAAACAGACCCAGCUGCGAUGAUGCCAGAACCAAGUGGCUUUGUACCUUUCAAGGGAGAGGGUAAUAGACUAGACGGAAAGAAGAAAAAACUCGUAAGCGAGAGUGAUUCAGAACCUCAGCCGUCUAAUUCAAGACAGCCAUACAUUCGUGGAAUACCAGAUUACGAUUAUGAAAUUGGUACAUUAAGAUUUAUCAGAAAUUCAAAGCCACCUAGUGCUAAAGAAGAGACUCCAUCAGAACCAUUCCAGGCAUUUAAAGGAGAAGGCUUCACUCUUCGUACUGCAAAAUCUAAGAAUUAAAUAAUUUAUUAUUAUCACAUUAAAAUAAUUUGUAUGUUUCAUUAGAAAAAUUGUUUACAUCA